UUCGGGGAGUAUGGUGGAUGGUACACUACUUCCCAGUCCCAUUGGCCGGACACAGCAGCCACAGCUUGCAUAGCAGUGUGCAGAAGCAGUGUGGACUUAAAUAUGGCAGAGUUGCAGCAUGUGGCAGAUCACUUGAACAAGCGGGAGUGUCGCCGCCUAAUGGCAGCAUUGCGCUCCCCUUCACGUGACCUACCUUCCAAGUCACAACUGGAACUUGCAGAGCGGCAGGUUCCACAGACGGACCACUGCAUAGACCUCUUGCUGCGCUGGAACUCUGGGAGUGGACGACAUGGGGCACGUGGCCGCUCUGGAAUGGAGCCAUUGUCUCGCCGCCUACGCCAGCUAGGUCAUCCACACCUUGCCUCAUGGCUCUCCAAGUCUGUCUUCCAUGCACUCGCUCAGGAUCUUGGAGAUGAUGUUGCUGCUCUCAACAGUGAUGGGGAUACUGUGGCUAUGGCAGCAGCCAAGGCAUCACCAAAUAAGAUCCGACAUUUAAGAACAGAGCAGUCAGAGGAAGUGAGUGAUGAGGUUCAGUGGAUGCCACUAGACACAGUUCUGUGUGCUGCUGUGGUUGCACUAGCAGUGACUGCCUUGAUGCUGUUAGCUGUUUCCACCUGGCGCUACUGUCGUGUUUGCAGUGAUGCGAGCUCCCAGAACAGGUACAAUGUACUGCGUGACACAGAGGAAGAAUCUACAGAUACAAAUGUGUGGAAUCCUACAGCAGAAGAGGUACACCAUCCCAUGACUCCAUACAGGUCUGGAACUAGUCAUCCACUGUACUGAAUAUUGGUGAAAUAUGAUAGGGCAGUGAUGUUACAGUUUGUAAAUGCUGUGUAACCACAGCUAAAAUAUACCUGAAUGCAUAUAAUAUCACCUGCAUAACUUACCCUCAGGUGAGAAUCAUUGUUUGGUGAAACUAAGUAAUCAUUAAGAACAUAUCAUUCUAUUUCUUGUGCCCUCUUGUUCAUUUAAUCUGUUGAGUGAUCUUCUGAGAGAGGACAUUGUACUAGGCCUAGAAAAGGGAACUUAAACUUAUUUUAUAUGGAAUUAUAUUUGUUAAAAAUAAUAAAGUAUUACUUUGAAAUGCAUAUAAAAUUAUUAUUUUUAUUCUUAUCUUCCACUUCAUGUUGUCUGAUACUUCUUCAUUUGAUUACAAGACAACCUAAAUAGUUGUAGUGUACAUUAAAGUUAAAUUUACGUAGCCAGUAUUGAGUGCGGUAGUCUUCAGUCCAAAGAUUGAUUAGAUGCAGCUCUCCAUACUCGUCUAUUCUCUGCAAGCCUCUUCACAACUCUGCAAUUUUUACUCAUUACACUUCCCUCCAUUAAAUAAUCCAAAAAAUUAUUUGCACCACACAAAAAUAGUUGUCAGAUUUCAUAAUAAAAAAAAUUCGAUUGCAAGGUUUCACAUAAAAUGCAAAUGUGUAUGUGAUGACAUGCUAUCAAUGUGUCACUAAAUCAGUUGCUUUCAAAUGUAGUUAAACAGCUGAAAGACAAACAAACUCUGCAUACAUCGUCAGUAAAGGAAUACGAACCAAUUGUCUCUAAAUAAAAACAUGAAUGAACUUAAAUAACAUUAUUGUUACAACUAAAAAUUACAGGUAACAAGGAAAUGUAUCUUUACAUGAAGACAGUGGUGUUAUGAAAGAGUAACAACAAGAAGACUUCACUCCUUACAUUGUUUUAAAAACAGAAAAUGAGAAAAAAUUAAACAUAGAUACUUAUAGUACAAUGAGACAAGUUUUGUUAGAAAAACGAUCAGAUCACUGACAUUACGAAUACAGUAAUUUGCUAUAUUGCUCCCUUGAAUGGCAAAGACAAUGU